AUGUCUGACUCAGUAAUUCUUCGAAGUAUAAAGAAAUUUGGAGAGGAGAAUGAUGGUUUUGAGUCAGAUAAAUCAUAUAAUAAUGAUAAGAAAUCAAGGUUACAAGAUGAGAAGAAAGGUGAUGGCGUUAGAGUUGGCUUCUUUCAAUUGUUUCGGUUUUCUUCAUCAACUGACAUUUGGCUGAUGUUUGUGGGAAGUUUGUGUGCAUUUCUCCAUGGAAUAGCCCAGCCAGGCGUGUUACUCAUUUUUGGCACAAUGACAGAUGUUUUUAUUGAUUAUGACGUUGAGUUACAAGAACUCCAGAUUCCAGGAAAAGCAUGUGUGAAUAACACCAUUGUAUGGACUAACAGCUCCCUCAACCAGAACAUGACAAAUGGAACACGUUGUGGGUUGCUGAACAUUGAGAGCGAAAUGAUCAAAUUUGCCAGUUACUAUGCUGGAAUUGCUGUCGCGGUACUUAUCACAGGAUAUAUUCAAAUAUGCUUUUGGGUCAUUGCCGCAGCUCGUCAGAUACAGAAAAUGAGAAAAUUUUACUUUAGGAGAAUAAUGAGAAUGGAAAUAGGAUGGUUUGACUGCAAUUCAGUGGGGGAGCUGAAUACAAGAUUCUCUGAUGAUAUUAAUAAAAUCAAUGAUGCCAUAGCUGACCAAAUGGCCCUUUUCAUUCAGCGCAUGACCUCGACCCUCUGUGGUUUCCUGUUGGGAUUUUUCAGGGGUUGGAAACUGACCUUGGUUAUUAUUUCUGUCAGCCCUCUCAUUGGGAUUGGAGCAGCCACCAUUGGUCUGAGUGUGUCCAAGUUUACAGACUAUGAGCUGAAGGCCUAUGCCAAAGCAGGGGUGGUGGCUGAUGAAGUCAUUUCAUCAAUGAGAACAGUGGCUGCUUUUGGUGGUGAGAAAAGAGAGGUUGAAAGGUAUGAGAAAAAUCUUGUGUUUGCCCAGCGUUGGGGAAUUAGAAAAGGGAUAGUGAUGGGAUUCUUUACUGGAUUCGUGUGGUGUCUCAUCUUUUUGUGUUAUGCGCUGGCCUUCUGGUACGGCUCCACACUUGUCCUGGAUGAAGGAGAAUAUACACCAGGAACCCUUGUCCAGAUUUUCCUCAGUGUCAUAGUAGGAGCUUUAAAUCUUGGCAAUGCCUCUCCUUGUUUGGAAGCCUUUGCAACUGGACGUGCAGCAGCCACCAGCAUUUUUGAGACAAUAGACAGGAAACCUAUCAUUGACUGCAUGUCAGAAGAUGGUUACAAGUUGGAUCGAAUCAAGGGUGAAAUUGAAUUCCAUAAUGUGACCUUCCACUAUCCUUCCAGACCAGAGGUGAAGAUUCUAAAUAACCUCAACAUGGUCAUUAAACCAGGGGAAAUGACAGCUCUGGUAGGACCCAGUGGAGCUGGAAAAAGUACAGCACUGCAACUCAUUCAGCGAUUCUAUGACCCCUGUGAAGGAAUGGUGACCGUGGAUGGCCAUGACAUUCGCUCUCUUAACAUUCAGUGGCUUAGAGAUCAGAUUGGGAUAGUGGAGCAAGAGCCAGUUCUGUUCUCUACCACCAUUGCAGAAAAUAUUCGCUAUGGCAGAGAAGAUGCAACAAUGGAAGACAUAGUCCAAGCUGCCAAGGAGGCCAAUGCCUACAACUUCAUCAUGGACCUGCCACAGCAAUUUGACACCCUUGUUGGAGAAGGAGGAGGCCAGAUGAGUGGCGGCCAGAAACAAAGGGUAGCCAUCGCCAGAGCCCUCAUCCGAAAUCCCAAGAUUCUGCUUUUGGACAUGGCCACCUCAGCUCUGGACAACGAGAGUGAAGCCAUGGUGCAAGAAGCACUGAGUAAGAUUCAGCAUGAGCACACAAUCAUUUCAGUUGCUCAUCGCUUGUCUACGGUCAGAGCUGCAGAUACCAUCAUUGGUUUUGAACAUGGCACUGCAGUGGAAAGAGGCACCCAUGAAGAAUUAUUGGAAAGGAAAGGUGUUUACUUCACUCUAGUGACUUUGCAAAGCCAGGGAAAUCAAGCCCUUAAUGAAGAGGACAUAAAGGAUGCAACUGAAGAUGACAUGCUUGCGAGGACCUUUAGCAGAGGGAGCUACCAGGAGAGUUUAAGGGCUUCCAUCCGGCAACGCUCCAAGUCUCAGCUUUCUUACCUGGUGCACGAACCUCCAUUAGCUGUUGUAGAUCAUAAGUCUACUUAUGAAGAAGAUAGAAAGGACAAGGACAUCCCUGUGCAGGAAGAAGUUGAACCUGCCCCAGUUAGGAGGAUUCUGAAAUUCAAUGCUCCAGAAUGGCCCUACAUGGUGGCAGGGUCUGUGGGUGCAGCUGUGAACGGGACAGUCACACCCUUGUAUGCCUUUUUAUUCAGCCAGAUUCUUGGGACUUUUUCACUUCCUGAUAAAGAGGAACAAAGGUCACAGAUCAAUGGUGUGUGCCUACUUUUUGUAGCAAUGGGCUGCGUAUCUCUUUUCACCCAAUUUCUACAGGGAUAUGCCUUUGCUAAAUCCGGGGAGCUCCUAACAAAAAGGCUACGUAAAUUUGGUUUCAGGGCAAUGCUGGGACAAGACAUUUCCUGGUUUGAUGACCUCAGAAAUAGCCCUGGAGCAUUGACAACAAGACUUGCUACAGAUGCUUCCCAAGUUCAAGGGGCUACCGGCUCUCAGAUCGGGAUGAUGGUCAAUUCCUUCACUAACGUCACUGUGGCCAUGAUCAUUGCCUUCUCCUUUAGCUGGAAGCUAAGCCUGGUCAUCUUGUGCUUCUUCCCCUUCUUGGCUUUAUCAGGAGCCACACAGACCAGGAUGUUGACAGGAUUUGCCUCUCGAGAUAAGCAGGCCCUGGAGAUGGUGGGACAGAUUACAAAUGAAGCCCUCAGUAACAUCCGCACUGUUGCUGGAAUUGGAAAGGAGAGGCAGUUCAUUGAAGCACUGGAGACUGAGCUGGAGAAGCCCCUCAAGACAGCCAUUCAGAAAGCCAACGUUUAUGGAUUCUGCUUUGCCUUUUCCCAGUGCAUUGUGUUUAUUGCGAAUUCUGCUUCCUACAGAUAUGGAGGUUACUUAAUUCCCAAUGAGGGGCUCCAUUUCAGCUACGUGUUCAGGGUGAUCUCUGCAGUUGUACUGAGUGCGACAGCUCUUGGAAGAGCCUUCUCUUACACCCCAAGUUAUGCAAAAGCUAAAAUAUCAGCUGCACGCUUUUUUCAACUGCUGGACCGACAACCCCCAAUCAGUGUAUACAAUACUGCAGGUGAAAAAUGGAACAACUUCCAGGGGAAGAUUGAUUUUGUUGAUUGUAAAUUUACAUAUCCUUCUCGACCUGACUCGCAAGUUCUGAAUGGUCUCUCAGUGUCGAUUAGUCCAGGGCAGACACUGGCGUUUGUUGGGAGCAGUGGCUGUGGCAAAAGCACUAGCAUUCAGCUGUUGGAACGUUUCUAUGAUCCUGAUCAAGGGAAGGUGAUGAUAGAUGGGCAUGACAGCAAAAAAGUAAAUGUCCAGUUCCUCCGCUCAAACAUUGGAAUUGUUUCCCAGGAACCAGUGUUGUUUGCCUGUAGCAUAAUGGACAAUAUCAAGUAUGGAGACAACACCAAAGAAAUUCCCACGGAAAGAGUCAUAGCAGCUGCAAAACAGGCUCAGCUGCAUGAUUUUGUCAUGUCACUCCCAGAGAAAUAUGAAACUAACGUUGGGUCCCAGGGGUCUCAACUCUCUAGAGGGGAGAAACAACGCAUUGCUAUAGCUCGGGCCAUUGUACGAGAUCCUAAAAUCUUGCUACUAGAUGAAGCCACUUCUGCCUUAGACACAGAAAGUGAAAAGACGGUACAGGUUGCUCUAGACAAAGCCAGAGAGGGUCGGACCUGCAUUGUCAUUGCCCAUCGCUUGUCCACCAUCCAGAACGCGGAUAUCAUUGCUGUCAUGGCACAGGGGGUGGUGAUUGAAAAGGGGACCCACGAAGAACUGAUGGCCCAAAAAGGAGCCUACUACAAACUAGUCACCACAGGAUCCCCCAUCAGUUGACCCAAUGUAAGAACCUCAGACACACAUGACACACCAGUUACAGGGGUUGUUUUAUCUUUAAAGAAGAAUGUUAAUAUUUUA